CUCAAGAUGCAUCACUAAAUUACUUGUUACUAGUUAUUCAGAGAAGUCUGAAAUAGGAUUGUAGCUUCCCAGUAUUAUAUGAAGUGGCUUGCCCCAGCCUGCCCGCUCAUUUUGUGUUGCUGCAAGCUGUUGAGAGUCUAGUCAUAGACAGUAAAAGCUUGAAGCUAAGCCUUAGCUCCAGCUGGAUAUAUAGUUCUUUGACACAGGCUGUGUGACUAAUAGUAACUCACAAAACGAUUGGAAAUACUCAUCAGCUAGCUAGCUGUUCAUGUUCAAAGCCUUCCUCCUAUAUAGGUCGAAUUUUUCCCAGUUUAACAAAAUUAAAUAGGCUUUAUUGGAGAAAAAUAAUUGGUUAGGAAUGAGCCAGAAUUCAAUCUUGUUAUGUAAUGGUUCACGUGACAGGCACUUCCGCUCUAGACAUCGAACUCUGCAAAGGUCUGUACCAGAUUAGCCUCGAGACCAGGCCGAUUAAAAUACGGCCUGGUAGAGUAAGCAACCAAUUUCCGAACGACACCAGUUUUCGUGUGCCCGUUUGAAGAGACAGUAAGAGCUAUCUUCUAGUUUUUUGCAUGCACUAAUAGACAAUGAUCAGAUCUCGUGCCUACCACAAUUAGAAGUAAUCCUGUUGCUUUACUCUUGCACAGCAGCAGCUCAAAGUCGGUGGUUCGAACAUUCAAUAAGCGACGUUUGCAACCUAUUGCCGACUAUAGACUCUUGCGAUAGUUUCAAAGCUAUGCUACGACUUCUAGAACGACAGAGAGACUUCUGGUACCUACCAGGCCUCAUAAGAACCACUGCAAACGCUCAGAACAAGGGCAAAGAGCGAGGCCCUUGCGGCCUAAGAGCGAGACGACUAGUAUAGUGCUGAGUCAGCAUGCCUGCACAUGAGAUCCAGCCACGUGCUCACAGGAAGAAGAAGAAGCUCACCUUCACUGCACUUGAGAUGCUUGAGAAUGGAAACUAAUAGCCUAAAUAGGUUCUGUUUACCUGGCCUCGGAAAGAGAUGUUCCCCUCUCCGCAAUAGAGUGUUUUCGUUUGAUUCUGAUCCCAUGCGUACGCCUCAGUAUAAGAAAGUACGAGCAUGCAGGCCGGAAAAAUAUCGCCCCUGGAGCAAGCGAAGCAUGGAACGAGCUCUCGAUGCGGUUAUUCACAAAGGGGUUGCUGUCUCCAGAGCUGCCGCUGACUAUGGUAUACCAAAGACAACUCUAUAUGACAAUGCCACAGGAAGAGUUUUGCCAGGGAGCAGGAGUGGACCAAGGACAUAUUUCACGGUCGAAGAAGAGGCUCUGUUAGUGUGUUUCCUCAUCAAGUCAGCCGAAAUUGGGUAUCCUUUCACCAGAUUACAGGUUUUGUCUCUAGUUGAAACAAUGUUGAUCCGAAAAAACAAAGAAAAGACUGAUGCCUCUUCUGUUACGCAUGGUUGGUGGGCUAGAUUUUGUAAGCGACAUCCUGAAGUCUCUUUAAAGACAUCCUCUUGUCUGUCAGUGGCUAGAGUCAAGGCAUCUUCCGCUGAGACACUCUCCGAAUAUUUUUGUACUCUUAGAGAAACUCUAGAAGAGUCGAAGCUGACUGAUCAACCUGGGCUGAUAUACAAUAUGAAUGAGAGCGGCUUCCCCCUCGAGCCAAAACCACCGAAGACUGUUCAUCGAAAAAGCGAUAAGCAGCCUUACCACGUCACCAAGGGUACGAAGAGUCAAGUUACUGUAGUGGCAUGCGUGAGUGCUUCCGGCCAGUACGUACCUCCCAUGAUAAUCUGGGCAAGGAAGAAAAUGAACCCAGAGCUUGCUGUUGGAGAGAUACCUGGCACCAUUUAUGCUCUUUCUGAUAAGGGAUGGAUGACUGCAACAAUUUUUGAUAAGUGGUUCAAGCGACACUUCUUAAGGUAUGCGUCUGCUGUUCGACCCAUUAUUCUGCUGAUGGAUGGGCACUCCUCUCAUUACAGUCCUGUAACCAUUCAACUUGCUGCAGAAGAAUGUGUCAUUUUGUUCGCACUCCCUCCAAAUACUACCCACCUCACUCAGCCCUUAGACAAGGGUGUCUUUGGCCCCUUUAAGGUACAUUGGAGACAGGUUUGCCAUGAUUAUAGAGUGAAGAAUCCAGGCAGAGUGGUGAACAUCUACAGUUUUUGCAGCCUGCUGAGUAAAGCAUGGGUGGAGUCCAUGACGGCCAUCAACAUCAUUAAUGGAUUCAAAACUACAGGAAUUUAUCCACUAAAUGAAAAUGCUGUGAUUAGGAAACUUCCUGGAAAAGCCACUUUUUCGAAUGAGCCUAACAUGUGUACUGCCUUCACCCCUCUGAAACGGCAACCAUAUCGUCUGACUCCUGUCGGUACGGAUGAUGAAAAACGCCCAGGCAUUGAUUCUCCUCCCCGAGAUAACUCACUUGAACAGCAAUCUACGAUACAUGACAUACUUACCAUACAGACACCAACUUUCAAAGUGAAGCCUAUCAUUAUAAAGCCUGAUCCAGCCAAGCUCGUACUUACAGGGAAUAAAUCCGUUCAAGAUGCUAUACAAAAACAGAAAGAAAAGACUGAAAAAGAGUUAAAAAAGAAAGAAAGAGAACAAAAAAAAUUUGAUAAGAUCGUAACCAAACGAUGUCAGGAUAUACAGAAGCUGGAUUCUAAAGCAACUCCAAAACCCAUGUUGUCAUCAACUAUGUUUUCGCCUGGGGGGGAAUUCGAAAACUCACUUCGACAAUGUCAUAACAUCUCUCCCAUUGACCGAUCCGACACCAUGUGGGAUGGUGCUAUAUAUAUAUAUAAUUGUAGGAUAUCCAUCUCUCCCAUUUCCAUGAAUAUUGCAGAGUUUUAUUCCAACAACCUCAUGGCCAUGCUCCUAUACCCUUGUGCACACGGGUAUGGUUUCACACUUAUAAUAGAAUCCCAUCAUCUGUCUGCCUAUCCUUUGAAGGUGUAUAUACAAUGUCAUGGUUAUGGGCUAAUCGAUAUACUGUAGUCAUAGCUCUUCUGUUUGAUUUGCUGGUGAUGGUACUAUACAGUAUAAGAAACAUUAUUACGACAUUGUGAUGUUUUCCUAUAGUAGUUAGGGAUUUUUGGUAAUAUCCAACAUUUUCUAUAAUACAUGUAUACAGGGACAACUCUGUUCACAAUUAUCUGACCAUGCAGUACAUAACACUAUAAUAUACAGCUUUUUUAUAGAUCUAUAGCUAUAUACUCAGUCUCUGGCUAUACUGCUGUAUCAAUCUGUGCACUGUGUCCUUGUGUCUGUUGGUCUGGAAUUAAAAGGUAUAUACAGUAAUAGCAACACUAUUCAAACAAGAAGAAAACUAGGAAAAGAGAGCUCGUCCACACCAGGGCUCCUGUCCACACUCAAAUCUUGCGCAGCCUGGACAAAAUAUGAGCAGCCAACCCCUCCCUCCAAGCGAAUGGUACAGAGCCACUCCCCCUGACCAGCUCUCUUAUGCCAGGCUAGUAGGCAAGCAAAGGCCCAGUGCAGUGCGUGCAGUCAGUCAGUACUAGGCAUGCUAGUGAGCAAAAAGCUCAGCCUGAGCCCAAGCCCUCUCCCAGAGUGUCUCUAAAGCAGCUCCUCACACAGCAGAAUUUUUGAUGAACUAGUCCACAGACUACACCCUCUGUCUCUAUGUUUUCAUUUUGAUUUUGUUUCUCAUGCAAGACAUUGCAUUCAUCUUCAUUCAUCGAAAAAACAGAAUGAAAAACAUUUUUGCUGCA